CAUACACACUUACAUAGGUAUACGCAAAGAUGUGUUGUUUAAACGCAGCUCUGACAUCUAAUCACCGGUUUGGUUUUACACUAACAACAGACGUUGCAAAGGAAUCUACAUAAAAUAUGCAACAGCUCAGGAUCACUUUGGUGGCAAUAGUUACUAUUUUAUUCAUAUUAAAAGUUAAUUGGAGCUUAGUUAAAGCCCAAAACAGCCUAUCAGUUGAAAUAGAAAAAUGUGCUCAAAUUAAGCAGCAAAUAUUCGAGGAGGUGAAAACAUUUAGCCCAUUGGUACAUGGAGCUGAAGAAAUAAAAAUUACAAUAGACAAUUGUAAGCCAUACGCUCCGCUGAUAGUUGGAGGAUCUCCAGCUAGUCCGAAAGAGUUUCCGCAUAUUGCACGUUUGGGUAACAAAAAGAAAGAUGGAUCAACAGAAUGGUUUUGCGGAGGUACUCUCAUUAGUGAGAAAUUUGUUCUCACAGCAGCGCAUUGCUUCACAUCAAAUCGUGGUGAAGUUAAUAUAGUACGCUUGGGCGAACUAGAUUUCGAUAGAGAAUCAGAUGACGCGCGUCCCGAGGACUUCACUGUUCAACGUAAUAUCCAACAUAAAGACUACAGCAGUGCAACCAUUUACAAUGACAUAGGUCUCGUUGAACUGCAGCGGUCUGUAUCCUUCGAUGCAUACAAACAUCCGGCUUGUUUGCCAACCACUUCCGGUGAUGAAUUUCAGAAAUUAGUCGCUAUCGGUUGGGGGAGUACACGUUUUGCUGAUGCUGAUUCUAAAAAACUUCUCAAAGUUACACUCAAUCGAUUCGGCAUUGAUCGUUGUCAACGUCUUACGGAAUCGGCAGAUGUAGAUCAACUACCAAGGGGAGUAGAGAAUCGUUUACAAAUAUGUGCAGGAUCAAAUGAAAACAAAGACACCUGCAGUGGUGACUCAGGAGGUCCAUUAUUAGCCUAUCAUCCUGACUAUCCAUGUAUGUACACUGUAGUUGGAAUUACAUCAUUUGGUAUUGGCUGUGGCACACCUGAUCAACCUGGUAUUUAUACACGCGUGUAUAAUUACAUUGAUUGGAUACGUAAUACUAUUUGGGAAUAGAAUUUCAGCAAACAAAUAUGUCCACAUUACAUACAUACAUAUACAUCUAAAACAAAAUAACAUGAAAACUAAACCUAGCUUAGAAUCACAGACCCAGAAAAACCGGGCCAUUUAUCAAAGUCACUCAAAUUGCGCUUUAUUUUGAGUGAUCUAAAAUAAAUUACUGCAAAUCGCUGGUAUA